AUGUCCAGGCGCCCUGUGGAGAAAUUAUCUCGUGCCCUUCGACGACAAGCACAAAUUCGUUCGUGGCAGUGCACAAGAAAGGCAGAAAGUCAACCUACUGCAGCGGCAGUUGCUGCUAUGGCCGCAUCACCGGUGGGAAACGACGCCAGGCGUCCCCCCUUUUCGCUACACAAGAGGACAGAAGGAUCGCUCCAUUCCACCGCUCCUGCUGGAUCAGACCGCGGUGAUUCCAUUAUUCAAGCGAACCACUCCCUCCGCGAGGCGUUGGCCCGCGGAGGACCCGAGACACGUCUCACACGGCAGGUGAGGCGAGCAAUUGAGCAUUCGUCGGGGAAAGCAGAUGCGAUGAAGGCGUUUCAGGUCCUCCUUCAGACAGAUGACGAGACACCUACAGCGGCGACGUUCAAAAUUCUCGCAUCCACGCUUCUCCAGCACCAUGUGGAGGAGCGAGUGGGUCACGCGGCGUUUCAGCACGCGCUAGUGGAUGCUGUGGGCUCCGAUAGCGAUCGGUGGAAACGACUCUCAGAAGAGGAGCGGUCUACAUUUGUGAACUACACCUGUAGAACAACAGAGCGGUGGGCGGAACGCGGCUCGUCAUACAACAAACUUCUGGGAUUUUCUCAGGAGGGCACCGAUAACGACACCGUGACUCAGGUGGAGUACCAAAUGCGGAAGAGCGGCGUGACAGUAUCAUCAGCGACGUUGGCUGAUCUGAUGCAUCUCGACGUCACCUGGUCGACCGCCGUGCAUCUAUACGAGUACAGCGAGGAGCAGCACAAGGUACCGCCGCCCAUGGAAAUGGUAGAUCGUCUUAUGGGCCUCAUGACAGGGUAUAAGACUGGGCUUGGUGGUUCUCGCCCCUGGAAGCGGGCAUUGGAGUUGUACGCUCGAGCCCUUGCAUCUGGAUACGAGUUGACGCUGACAACUCAUACACACGCUUUAGACGCACUAUGGCGAAGCGCCGACACAUUUCACCACGUCCGGUGCACCGUGAGCCCGGCGCACCAGAAGAUGAUAUGGGAAAAGGCAAAUGAGAUCAGCCAGCGUGUGAAGGCGCAGCAGCUGCUGAUCGCCGGGGAGGACGGCUGUGCGUACGCGGAGAGCCUCGCGAAGGCGUUUGCGGCGUCUGGUCGGUGGUCGAUGGCGGUGUCGCUUCUCUCCGACCUGGACACCUCCGCCGAGGACGCGUCGUUCCGCUCGCUCGUACCUACCGCCGAAACGUACGCCUUCGUCAUGGCGGCAUGUAAUGCGGCAGGCAACGCAUCGCACGGUGAGGCGGUUUGGACGAUUUUCCGCUCGACAUACACCCUACGCUCCCUCCAGUCCGAGGUGCUCGUCGUUCUGCUGCAGUCCUUCCGGCACGUUGUGCGCACCUCGCCACUUGUUGGUUCCCUCGUCGAGGAGUUAGUGAUGGAUGGAAAGGGACUGGAGCGUCAGGCCGUGGUGACCUCCCUGCAGCUGCUUUCAAGCAGACAUGUGAGGACAAAAGAGCCGCGGUGGCUUCUGGCAUCCAAGCUGCUUGAGAUGUACGACGCGAAUUCAUGGCCACAGCAGCCCUUGGCGCGAAAGGCGGAUCUGCAGACGGUAUUUCGGUGUUGCCACUUAAUUGCCGCUAUGGAGGCGGCGAAUGGCAGGCGGUUGCUUACGCAGUUGCGGCAGAAACUCAUUGACGUGUUUGGGGCCGACUCGGCGGAGGUGGAGUGGCUGGAUGACACAUCCGUCUACGCGCUGCAGACGACAUCCAGCUGGGAGGAGGCUAUCAACGUCUACGACGCCGCGGUGGGUAGGCGAACACCGGGGCGCGUACCGUACCUGCCGAUUCCGCUGCGUCAAGCAAAGACAAUGCUCCUAACAGCACUCCUGCGCUGCUGCAAGACAAUGGAGGAGGAGGGCGAGUCGUUUCUGGUCGACGAGGACACGCAAGAGAAGGGCCGGGACGCCGCGGUGGUACUGGCGGAACGAGCGCUGGCGAUGGCUCGGGCGGUGUACACGGCGGAUGACACAUUCCCGCACAACCUGUAUGCGGAGUUGUUGCUGCUGCGCGCGCAGGGCGCCGUGAAGCGCAGUGAGCGGAAGUUGCACGCACUGGAGGCGAUGAGGCACUUCUCACAGGCCUCGGCUAUAUUGCUUAACCAUCACGUUAUUGUCCGCUUGGCUGCGGCGUUGGCGCUGACGGAGGUGCACGUGGAGAACGCAUUGCUAGAGGGCCACGCUGCCCUGCGGUGCGCAACGUUUGCACUGCCAAAGGAUUGCCGAAAAACAAGGACGGCUUGCGGUGUCUUUGACACAAUGACGUGGUAG